AUGACGAGUAUCCACAGUGCCUACAAGGAGGAAACUUACGAUGUUCCAAUGUCAGUUAUCAUCAGACCUUUCAUGCCAGAGUUAGAUGAGAAUAAGGUGAAGUCUCUGAUGAACACUAUUCAGAAAGAAGAAGAAAAGGGCAAUGUACCACCGAUAGACAUUCUAUGGAUUAAAGGCAGGGAGGGUGGGGACUAUUAUUACAGCUUCGGAGGCUGCCAUCGCUUCGCUGCCUAUCAACGUUUACAGAGACCCACCAUCCCGGCUAAACUGGUCCGCUCAACCGUUUCCGACUUACAGGUCUACUUGGGUAGUAGUACACCUGACCUCAAGUGA